UAAAGCAUCUCGGUUGUCUAUUAGGGUUGUCUCCAUUCCAUAAAUAUAUCCACCCGCUCAUAGCAAUAUCUCUAUCGAUCCAUCUGUUAAGAAUUCGUGGCCAUGAACAAUAUCCAAUCUUCUCUUACAUCUUAAUUAGCUUCUUCUAUUCAAUUCUCUUGUAAAGAAAGAAACUUGCCAAAGGGCCGAGUUUCUCUCUCUUUUCUUCUCUUUUCUUCCAGUUAUGUGUUCAAGAGGGCAUUGGAGGCCAGCAGAGGAUGAGAAACUCAAAGACUUGGUUACAAAAUAUGGCCCUCACAACUGGAACGCAAUCGCUGAGAAACUUCCUGGAAGAUCAGGAAAGAGCUGUAGGUUGAGAUGGUUCAAUCAGUUAGAUCCAAGAAUAAACAGGAGUCCUUUUACAGAAGAUGAGGAAGAGAGGCUUUUAGCUUCUCAUAGAAUUCAUGGAAACAGAUGGUCUGUGAUUGCACGUCUGUUUCCUGGGCGCACAGAUAACGCUGUGAAGAAUCACUGGCAUGUGAUCAUGGCAAGGAAAGUAAGAGAGAGGUCAAGGUUUCAUGGCAAGAGACCCUCCUUUUCUUCUUCUUCUUCCGUGAUCAUGGAUGAGAGCUCAAGUAAUGCUCAAGGCAAGCAAGGGAGUCUAAAGGAUCCUCAAGGAUUCUUCUCCUUGGUAGGAAAUUAUUAUAAAAAGCAACAAAACUGCUUUUUGCUCGGAGAUUUUCGAUCAAAUUCAGAUGAGUUGCAGUCAUGGAUUCAAUAUGGUUUCGGUGCUGAUUUCAGCCUAGGUGGACGGAAGAAUCCAAUCGAGUUUUAUGAUUUUCUACAAGUGAAUUCCGACUCCAAUGGCACAAAGUGUUGUUCGAGUGUAGAAGAUGAGAAGGAUGAGACUGAUCAGCAGGAGCAAAGCAAAGCUCGUCCAUUCUUCGAUUUCCUGGCAGUUAAUGGGAGCAUUUAACUAUUAACUUUGGGAUAAUAGGAAAUGAUUAAUUAACUAAUUGAUCGUUAUGCAUGGGUGUUUAAGGGAUAAAACAAUCGCUUAAGAUCAUAUUUAUCUAGUAAUCAGAAAACUCGCCAUGAACAUUCAGUUCACGAAAAAUCUUGCAUGGAUGGAUGAUCUGUGUCCCAUGCAUUAUUUCUUAUGCAUCGGGAGUGUCAUGAGCUGAGUUUUAGUUCUAAUUAAUUAACAUCUUAAGCAAAUGUUUCUCCUAUAUUUAUAAUAUGUGUAUAAUGAGGAGCCAAAGCUGGCUGACUUACACCUUAAAGCUACUCUAAGGGGUUUGUGCAUGCACUAUGUAUGCUUAUUUAUGUAUGAAUGAGUAAAUGUUAAAUAAUUCUCUUUCACAAAUGAGAAUUGAUGGUAGCUGAAUAAGCCAUUUCA